AUGAGAUUUGAUGUGCAAAAGUAUCUUGAGACUUCAACAAUUCACGGACUUGUGUACAUAUCUAAAAGAUUUCAUACUAUUGAGAGAAUAUUCUGGAUUUUUGUGCUGCUUUGUUCGACUAUCUACACCUCAAUAUUGAUUACUAAAUACAUAAUAAAGGUUCGAAAAUUUCCUAUUGUCUCGUACCUGUCUGAUCAGUCAAUGGCUGUAUCUGAGAUCAACUUUCCAGCUGUUACAGUAUGUCCACGAAUGAAGUAUCGAAUUCCACUUGGAUCCUAUUCCAAAAAUCGGAAGAAUUACUUUUAUGAGAAUCACACACUGAAGCAGCUUUACUAUGAAUAUGAGGAAGAGAUGAUUGAGUUUAUGGAUGAAAGGAAAUUUGGGAACAUAAGUUAUGGAGACUUUUUGGAUAGGCUGGAAAAUGGAAGCAUAAAACCUCAGGAAUUGAAUAUUCGAAUACUUAAACGCCUUCAAGUCAUGGACAUCAUUGAGAAUCGCAAUAUAUUCCACAAACUUAACUUUUCAGUUCCAACUGACGAUUUUCUUGAAAUUCUGAAUAUGUUUAAGAAAAAGUUCUUUCCUGGCUCGAUGUCAAUUGCAUUCUUUUGGAUUGAUGAGUACAAAGGAUAUGCAUCAGAGAUCAUAACACAGUGGGGCUUGUGCUUCACAUACAACAUCGCAUUCAGUCAUGAUCUACUGCACACCAACUCAACAUCUGAUGACUUUCAUUAUCAAGUUGCUUUAAAACGCGAUGUGCCAGUGAUUAGCCAAAAAACAUUUCGCUUUGAUCAUCCACCAAAGGAACUGCCACAAAUGAUUUCAUCAUCAAAAGCUGGAUUGUGGGUUGGAUUUAAUCUUCAUGUAGAUGAUAUCAAGAAAAUAGCAAAUAAUACAUUUGAAGAGCAUACAAUAAUUUUACAUGAUCCAUUUGAGCUGCCAUCAUCAAAGUCUAAGAUAUUUGAGCUUAAUAUUAAGUAUCAAACGACAAUUUGGAUUAAACCACAACAAAAUUCAAUUGAUGAGUCACUGACGGAUUAUAAACCUGCUGAACGCAACUGCUACCUGGAAAACGAAAAAAUCCUGAUAUUCUUCAAAGUCUACACGAAAAACAACUGCGAGAAUGAAUGUUUGACUGAUUUUAUGCUCAGUCGUUGUGGCUGCGUUGAAUUCUUCAUGAUUCGAAAUUCUUCAACUCGAAUUUGUUCAGCAAAUGAGCAAAGCUGCUACAAGAAAGCUGCUGAUGACUUUGAGGAACAGAAAAACUAUUGCGACUGCUUUAAUCCUUGUGACUAUGUCAAGUAUGACUUUAUAAAACAAAAUUAUGGAUACUCAUACAUAAAAGCAAUGAUUUCAUAUUCUAUUACCGGCUUUCGAUUGCAAUAUCAAGAAGAUAUUUUUACUGAACUCAUCCGUAAGCAGCAGUUUACAUUUGUUGACUUUUUGGCUUUCGUUGGCGGAAUUUUAGGACUUUUUGCUGGAUUUUCAGUUCUUUCAUUUAUUGAGUUAAUUUAUUGGUUCACGGUUCGAGUUUUUACCAAAAAUCGAAAGAAGCAUGUCACGAAAGUACAUUCAUUGGGUCUUGUACAGGAUAUCAACUCGAAGCUAACUUUAGUAGGAGAAGUAUCGCAGUCGUACUUGAAUGAGUCAUCAAUUCAUGGACUUUGGUAUAUUUCUGAGUUUUCUUGGAUCAGCAGCAUUCCGUGGACUUUCUUCGUCUACACAUCGAUGACUUUCUGUUUGCACAUGAUUUUGAGCACAAAAGAGAGUGUCCCAGAUAGUCGUGUGAUUGCUUACGAUGAUAAUUUUAUGAUGAUUGAAAAUAUUUCAUUUCCAGCAUUCACAAUAGUUCCACAAUAUUCUAGAACUCCACUUUUUGUUGCUGAAAUGUACUGGAAUAUUUAUGAUGGACCUUCGAUUAUGAGAAAUAUGGAUUCACAAACAUUAAUUCAAUUUAAGAAGAACAUGACGCAUUACAAUUUUUGUGAGGAAGUGUUUUAUGCUUAUAAUUUGAAUUUCAACUUUAGUUGCGUUCCUUACGUGAUUCCUGUUUUAAAAGAAAACUCAAAGAUUAAUUGGUUCCGUGAGCAGCUUUCAUCAUUUAAUGGCAAAUAUCAGCCAGAAUUUGCAGAAAUUCGAACAUCCAGAGGCAUGGGAUUCACAUUUAACAUGAUUGAUGCUGAUGAGAUGUUCAACUUUGAUCAGAUCAGCUCAGACUUCAACUACACCAGAAACAUCACAACAAAGUCAGAAAACUCAACUCAAAUCCCAAAAUCUAUCAAAUAUCCAAUAAAAUUCAAUAAAGAUGAUCAAGUCAAAUUUUCCAUCAAGCUAUUUCCAUCGCCUGCAACUCAAGUAAGCUGCAUCAAGCAAUCAUUUAUCAUUCACACAUCUGAUGAUCUGCCAACGUUUAAUGUCAGAAUGGAUUUCAUGGCUUUUGAUAGUGGAGCAGCUAUCGAUGUGAUUGUGACUCCUAAAGUCAUUAGAACUGUUGAGUAUUUAAAGAGAUUGAAGCCAAAAGAACGAGAAUGUUAUUUUGAUGGUGAAAAAUCACUGAAAUAUUUUAAAAAAUAUUCUCAGAAGAACUGCGAAGCUGAAUGCUUAGCAAACAUAACAAUGGAUAAUUGUGGAUGUGUAGAUUUUAACCAGCCAUUCAGCAAUCCAAAUGAAUUUUGUUUAAACAUAUCAAAAGCUGACUCAACUUGCAACAGCAAUCUCAAACGAGAUCUUUACACAUUCAUUGACUUUUCACCCGAACAGAAUUGCUCAUGCCUGCCAUUGUGCAACUCAAUCAGCUACAACAUCAAAUAUUAUACAAAGCAUGAAUCAGGUGGGAAUGAGACAACAAUAAAUGUGAGAAUGAACAUGGACGACAUCGUUUUGUUCCGAAGAUAUCAGCAAUUUACAUUCUCGGAUGUUGUUUCUUAUGUCGGUGGACUUUUGGGACUUUUUGCUGGCAUUUCAAUGCUUUCAAUUGUUGAAUUUUUCUACUUUUUUACAAUUCGGAUUUUUUGGAUCUGUGCUUUGGCAUCUUCUGCCACAUUUACUUCAGUUUUGAUCGUUCAGAUUGUCACAAAAAUUCGAAAUGUUCCAAUUCUAGUUUAUCUAUCUGAUCAGUCAGUGCCUGUGUCUAAGAUUAAUUUUCCAGCUGUCACUGUGUGUCCAAGUUUUAAAACAAGCUUGCUAAAGGAAAAAAAAAGUUUCGGAUACUACGAGAAGCACACACUUAGAAAGAUUUUUUAUGAAAAUGAAGAAUAUUUGCUAGAAACUGAAGAUGAAAGGAAGUUCGGGAACAUUCUGUAUGUCGAUUUCUUAGACAAGAUUGAGAAUGGCAGCAUUAAACCUGAAGAACUAGGCUCAAAACUCCUUAAACGCCUUCAAGUCAUCGAUCUGAUCACAAAUCGUGGAACUUUUCACAAAUUAAAUUUCUCAGUUCCAACAGACGAUUUUCUUGACGUCAUCAAUGAGUUUGACAAGGAAUUUGAUGAUGUUUUUUCAAUUGUAUUUUACUGGAUUGGAACAUAUCGACACCGUAUCUCAGAAAUUAUCACCCAAUGGGGCUUGUGCUUUACAUACAAUAUUGCAUUCAGUCAUAAUUUAUUGAACUUUAACUCAACUUCUGAAGACUUUCAUUAUCAAAACACAAUUCGAAAGCUAACAAUUAAAGCGAUGCCAAAUCAGCCGUUGGAAGUUUCACCAAAAAGUAUUUCAUCGGCAAAUGCUGGAUUAUGGGUUGGCUUUAAUAAGCUCGCUCCAUACAUAGGUGGAAAUGCUGAUGGAUAUGUUAGCUUAUUUCAUGAUCCAUUUGAGUUGCCAUCAAAAAGUUCUGAAAUGGCAGAAACAAGUUUGAAAAUUCAAACUAAAAUACUAAUUGAACCUCAAAUGAACUCGAUUGAUGAAUCGCUUGUUGAUUUUGAACCUGCUGAACGCAACUGCUACCUGGAAAACGAGAAAGUCCUGAAAUUCUUCAAAGUCUACACGAAAAACAAUUGCGAGAAUGAAUGUCUGACUGAUUUCAUGCUCAGUCGUUGUGGCUGCGUUGAAUUCUUCAUGAUUCGAAAUUCUUCAACUCGAAUUUGUUCGGCAAAUGAGCAAAGUUGCUACAAGAAAGCUGCAGAAGAUUUUGAGGAACAGAAAAGCUUCUGUGAAUGUUUUCAGCCUUGCGAAUAUAUCAAUUAUAACUUUGAGUAUCAUGAUCAUGGCCCUGCAGGUACUGGCAGGUCUAGCACGUUCCUAACAAGUGGAUUUUAUUUUCAAUACAAAAGCAAUGUUUUCAAUCAACUCGUCCGCAAGAAGCAGUACACAACGCUUGACUUUCUAUCAUUUGUUGGUGGAGUUUUGGGACUUUUUGCUGGAUUUUCGCUUCUUUCUUUAGUUGAGCUUAUUUAUUGGUUCACGGUUCGAGUUUUUGUUGAUAAUUCGAGGAAACCUGACAGUAAAGUGCACUCGAUAAGAGAAUUUAAGGCACAAGAAGGCUCACAAAAAAGGAUAAUAAUUAAUUCAUACUUGAAAGAGUCAUCGAUUCAUGGAUUUGGCUACAUUACUGGAUUUCCUAAAGUUGGCAGUAUUAUUUGGAUGCUAAUUGUGCUGGUUGUUAUGACUUGUUGCUCUCAUUUGAUAAUGGAUGCUCAGGAGAAGGUUCCGGAUAGUCUAAUGGUGGCUUAUGAUGAUGAUUUUAAAUCGGUACAGAAUAUUACAUUUCCGGCAAUCACAUUGGUUCCAACUUUUUCAAUUCCUACGCGAAUGCUUAUUGGAGACUUCUACUUUAAAGCUAUAGCAUCAAAACAUGGGAAAGCUGAGAUGGAAAAUGAGACAACCAGAGAGCCAUUCAUUAGAAAUUUAACAAAGUUUCAUUUUUGUUACGAGACUUUCACAGGAUACAGUAAUGGCUAUAAAUUAAGUUUUGUGCCGUACCUAUUUAGCAUGUUGAAAGAAAACUCACAAAUUGACUGGUUCCGCGACCAAUUUUCAUCAUUUAAUGGCAAAUAUCAGCCAGAAUUUGCUGAAAUUCGAACAUCCAGAGGCAUGGGAUUCACAUUUAACAUGAUUGAUGCUGAUGAGAUGUUCAACUUUAAUCAGGUUUUUUGGACAUUUACGCUCAUCUUUUCAGUCAUUUGCACUUCAUUGCUAAUCACUGAGCUUGUUAAGGCACAAAAUGUUCCCAUUGUGUCAUAUCUAUCGGACCAAAUGAUUCCUGUCUUUGAGAUUAACUUUCCAGCAAUUACAGUAUGUCCUCGAUUAAAGCCUGUAAUCAUGAGGUUACGUCGAUUUGGUGUUGGAUAUUCAUAUGCUCGGUAUGAAAAGCACACAUUGAGGACAUAUUAUUUUGAGUUUAAAGAAUCUGACAUGGAAUUAAAGGAUGAAUCAAGUUUUAAUGAUUUUAGCUAUGUUAGAGCUUUAGAUGAGAUUGAGAAUGGAACAUUAGAUCCACAUAAAUUAGGAAUUAAGCUCCUUAAACGCCUUCAAGUCAUCGACCUGAUCACAAAUCACGGAAUAUUUCAGAAAAUUAACCUUAAAAUCCCAGCAGAUGACUUCCUUGACGUCAAAAAUGAGUUUGAUAAGGAUUUUUUGAGUGACUACUUUGCCAUUGUGUUCAAAUGGAUUGCUGAAUAUCAACAAUAUGUGUCGGAAAUAAUUACACCACUUGGUUUGUGCUUUACAUUUAAUAUUGCACCUAAUCAUGAUGUAAUGGACACUAACUUAACAUCUGACGAUUUUCACUACAUUUAUGCAAUGAAAGAAUUUCAAAAAGGUUUAUGGAAGCAUGAAAAGCCACCACAAGAAUUAAAAAGAAUCGCUACAUCACAAUCUGGAUUAUGGAUUGGAUUUAACAUUCUCAGCCUAGUCAGUGAAAAUCUUAUUGGAUAUGAUGAACUUAGUGGAUUUAGAGUCAUUAUUCAUGACCCUUUUGAGCUGCCAACGACACGGUCCAAGAUUAUCAAACUUAACAUUGACUAUGAAACAAAGAUAAGCCUUAAUCCACAGUUAAAUUCUAUUGAUGAGUCUUUGUAUGACUAUGAACCGGAAGAACGCAACUGCUACUUGGAAAACGAGAAAGUCCUGAAAUUCUUCAAAGUCUACACGAAAAACAACUGCGAGAAUGAAUGUCUGACUGAUUUCAUGCUCAGUCUUUGUGGCUGCGUUGAAUUCUUCAUGAUUCGAAAUUCUUCAACUCGAAUUUGUUCGGCAAAUGAGCAAAGCUGCUACAAAAAAGCUGCUGAGAACUUUGAGGAACUGAAAAGAUCUUGUGGAUGCUUUGAUCCUUGCGAACAUGUAAAGUUUGAAUAUGAAAUCAAUGAAUAUGGAGCAGCAGAUAAGAAAUCGAAUACCGCAUACAAUGCCGUUGGUGGUCACAUCAGAUUCAAAAACAACGUAUUUAACCAUUUGGUCCGCAAGCAACAAUUCGAUACUCUCGAUUUUCUGUCAUUUAUUGGUGGAAUUUUAGGACUUUUUGCUGGAUUUUCAGCACUGUCGUUUAUUGAGCUGAUUUAUUGGUUUACAAUUCGACUCAUGAUUGGAAGUUGUAAGCGAGUCGACACCAAAGUUUAUCCAAUAGACGAAACUGUUAAGGAACAAUCAAAGACUUUAAAAAUUAUUGAUUCAUUCUUGUCAUACUUUAAUGAGUCAUCGAUUCAUGGAUUCAAUGAUGUCUUUGAGUUCUCGCGGAUUGGCAGCAUCCUUUGGACAUUCUUCAUCAUGUUCACUAUGAACUUCUGCUUCCACAUGAUAUCAAGUGUUCGAGAAAAGGUUCCAGACAGUCGAAUGAUUGCUUAUGAUGACAAUUUAAGGUUUAGAGAAGAGUUUUUAAAUAAUGCAACCACAAAAGAACCAUUUAAAAGAAAUUUGACGAAAUUUCAUUUUUGCAAUGAGAUUUACACUGGAUACUACUUUAAUUAUGACUUUAGUUAUAUCCCACAUAUCUUUGAUGCGUUGAAAGAGGAAUCAAAAGUUGAUUGGUUCCAGGAUCAAUUUUCAUCAUUUAAUGACAAAUAUCAGCCAGAAUUUGCUGAAAUUCGAACAUCCCGAGGCAUGGGAUUCACAUUUAACAUGAUUAAUGCUGAUGAGAUGUUCAACUUUGAGAAGAUCAGCUCGGAGUUCAACAAUACAAAGAACAUCACAACAAAGUCAAAAACUAAUACAAAAAUCACAAAAUAUCCAAUUAGACUUGACCGAAAGAGUCAAGCAAUAUUUUCAAUAAGAGUCAAGAAGAUUCCAGGAUUAUUCAUGAACUGUGUCAAGCAAUCCUUUAUGAUUCAUGCGCCUCAAUAUUCACCAGUUUUUAGUACUAGAAAGGAGUUUGCAUCUUUUGACUCUGGUGCCAGCAUUGACGUUACAAUCACACCAGAAAUGACCAAAACAGACAAAAAUUUAAGGCACUUAAAUCCAACAGUCCGAGAAUGUUAUUUUGAGGAUGAAAAGAAGUUGAAAUACUUUAAGAAAUACACUCAAAGUAACUGUGAAAUUGAAUGCCUGACAAAUAUAACAAUGGAUAGAUGUGGAUGUGUUGAUGUUAAUCAGCCAUAUACAACUAUUGAUGACAUCUGUAUUAAUAUCACAAGAGAAUUACUAAGCUAUUGUCCAGAAAAGCUUCAUCAUGAUUUAUUGACAAUUGAAACAUUCUCACCCGAACAGAACUGCUCGUGCCUGCCAUUGUGCAACUCAAUCAGCUACAACAUCAAAUAUUAUACAAAGCAUGAGUCAGGUGGGAAUGAGACAACAAUAAAUGUGAGAAUGAACAUGGACGACAUCAUUUUGUUCCGAAGAUAUCAGCAAUUUACAUUCUCGGAUGUUGUUUCUUAUGUCGGUGGACUUUUGGGACUUUUUGCUGGCAUUUCAAUGCUUUCAAUUGUUGAAUUUUUCUACUUUUUUACUAUUCGACUCGGGGUUAAUUUAUGGAGGGUGUUGAGGGGUGGUUAG